CAGAAAAAGGAGCGCAGGAAAGCAGCCGAGGUUUCGCCGGAGCCUGUGUACACACUUGGCAUUUGACUAGCUCAGGAGGUCUCUUUGUAGAAGGCGCCAGUGGGGCAGCUCUCGAUUCCGAGCGCCCGGGGCCAGAGGGUGCCCAUGUGUUGAGCUGUGAGACCCGGCACCGAGUGAGAUCUGCCCAGGCAUCGCGGACAAUUAUAUAAGCUGUCUCGGUGAUUAUAAAGAACUGUGAUAACAACACCCGGUUGUUGAAAGACAAGCCUGAAAGUUUUCCUGCUUGGGGAAUAUGGAAAAACUGAGAAUCAGAGAAGGCUAGUGAUCUCGGGGAUACUUGGUCAGUAGCAGAAAGGAUCCCUCCCUGUCCUCCAAGAUCUGAUGGCCGUGGAGAGAGUGCUGCAGGGCCCGUGGAUGCUGUUGACUUUUCUGAUCAUGCUGACAUGGAGCCAGAUCACUGGGCCCUGAGUGCACCGAGGACACAGUUGGUGGAUGUGGAAGAGCACAGGCCAGAGGCCAUGGAUGUGAAGGAGAGGAAGCCUUACCGCUCGCUGACCCGGCGCCGUGAUGCCGAGCGCCGCUAUACCAGCUCUUCUGCAGACAGCGAAGAGGGCAAAGCACCCCAAAAGUCCUACAGCUCCAGUGAGACCCUGAAAGCCUAUGACCAAGAUGCCCGCCUUGCCUAUGGCAGCCGCAUCAAGGACGUGGUGCCACAGGAGGCUGAGGAGUUCUGCCAUGCAGGAGCCAACUUCACCCUGCGUGAGCUGGGGCUGGGUGAGGUGACGCCCCCUCACGGAACCCUCUAUCGGAGAGACGUUGGCCUCCCCCACUGCGGCUACUCCCUGGGGGCCAGCUCCGACGCCGACCUGGAAGCGGACACCGUGCUGUCCCCGGAGCACCCCGUGCGGCUGUGGGGCCGGAGCACGCGGUCCGGGCGCAGCUCCUGCCUGUCCAGCCGGGCCAACUCCAACCUCACACUCACGGACACUGAGCAUGAGAACACCGAGACCGGUGCGCCCUUGCAUUGUUCAUCCGCUUCAUCAACCCCUAUUGAGCAGUCCCCCUCCCCGCCCCCCUCCCCUCCGGCCAAUGAGAGCCAGAGGCGGUUGCUAGGCAACGGUGUGGCCCAGCCAACCCCGGACUCAGACUCUGAAGAAGAGUUUGUCCCUAAUUCAUUCUUAGUUAAAAGUGGCUCCGCCAGCCUGGGGGUCGCAGCAAACGAUCACCCAGGUGGCCUGCAGAACCACCCCCGGCUCCGGACGCCGCCGCCCCCGCUCUCUCACGCCCACACCCCCAACCAGCACCACGCGGCCUCCAUCAACUCCCUGAACCGAGGCAACUUCACUCCUCGGAGCAACCCCAGCCCGGCCCCUACAGACCACUCGCUCUCUGGAGAGCCCCCUGCCAGCAGCGCCCAGGAACCCUCGCAUGCCCAGGACAACUGGCUGCUCAACAGUAACAUCCCGCUGGAGACCAGAAACCUAAGCAAGCAGCCAUUCCUAGGGACAUUGCAGGACAACCUCAUUGAGAUGGACAUUCUCAGCGCCUCCCGCCAUGAUGGGGCUUACAGUGACGGGCACUUCCUUUUCAAGCCCGGAGGCACCUCCCCACUCUUCUGCACCACAUCCCCAGGGUACCCCCUGACGUCUAGCACCGUGUAUUCACCUCCACCCCGGCCCCUGCCCCGCAGCACCUUCGCCCGGCCAACCUUUAACCUCAAGAAGCCCUCCAAGUACUGCAACUGGAAAUGCGCAGCCCUGAGUGCCAUCAUCAUCUCGGCCACCCUUAUCAUCCUGCUGGCAUACUUUGUGGCCAUGCACCUGUUUGGCCUAAACUGGCACCUGCAGCCGAUGGAGGGGCAGAUGUAUGAGAUCACGGAGGACACAGCCAGCAGUUGGCCUGUGCCAACGGACGUCUCCCUGUAUCCCUCGGGGGGCACUGGCUUAGAGACCCCUGACAGGAAAGGCAAAGGAGCCACAGAAGGAAAACCCAGUAGUUUCUUUCCAGAGGACAGUUUUAUAGACUCUGGAGAAAUCGAUGUGGGGAGACGGGCUUCCCAGAAGAUUCCUCCUGGCACUUUCUGGAGAUCUCAGGUGUUCAUAGACCAUCCUGUGCAUCUGAAGUUCAACGUGUCCCUGGGAAAGGCAGCACUGGUUGGCAUUUAUGGCAGAAAAGGCUUUCCUCCUUCCCACACCCAGUUUGACUUUGUGGAGCUACUGGAUGGAAGGAGACUCCUGACUCAAGAGGCACGAAGCCUGGAAGGAUCCCAGCGCCAGUCUCGGGGUGGUGUACCCCCCUCCAGCCAUGAGACCGGCUUCAUCCAGUAUCUGGAUUCGGGAAUCUGGCACCUGGCCUUUUACAACGAUGGGAAAGAAUCUGAAGUGGUUUCUUUCCUCACCACUGCCAUUGAAUCAGUGGAUAACUGCCCCAGCAACUGCUAUGGCAAUGGUGACUGCAUCUCGGGGACCUGCCACUGCUUCCUAGGGUUCCUGGGCCCUGACUGUGGCAGAGCCUCUUGCCCUGUGCUCUGCAGUGGGAAUGGCCAGUAUAUGAAGGGCAGGUGCCUGUGCCACAGUGGCUGGAAGGGUGCCGAGUGUGACGUGCCCACCAACCAGUGCAUCGACGUGGCCUGCAGCAACCAUGGUACCUGUAUCAUGGGCACCUGCAUCUGCAACCCCGGCUACAAGGGCGAGAGCUGUGAAGAAGUGGACUGUAUGGACCCCACGUGUUCAGGCCGGGGUGUUUGUGUGAGAGGCGAGUGCCACUGCUCUGUAGGAUGGGGAGGCACCAACUGUGAGACACCCAGAGCCACAUGCUUGGACCAGUGUUCAGGUCACGGAACCUUUCUCCCAGACACCGGGCUUUGCAGCUGUGACCCAAGCUGGACUGGGCAUGACUGUUCUAUUGAGAUUUGCGCUGCGGACUGUGGUGGCCACGGUGUCUGCAUUGGGGGCACCUGUCGAUGCGAGGAUGGCUGGAUGGGGGCAGCGUGUGACCAGCGGGCCUGCCACCCGCGCUGUGCCGAGCAUGGGACCUGCCGCGAUGGCAAGUGCGAGUGCAGCGUGGGCUGGAACGGCGAGCACUGCACCAUUGCUCACUAUCUGGAUAGGGUAGUUAAAGGUAUGGUCUUCCUUCCUCUAUUUUCUGCUCAAAAUGACAGGCCCUUCACUGAUGGCUUGGUGGACUGCAUGGAUCCUGACUGCUGCCUCCAACCCCUCUGCCAUGUCAACUCACUGUGCCUGGGCUCCCCCGACCCUCUGGACAUCAUCCAAGAGACAAAGACUCCUGUGUCCCAGCAGAACCUGCACUCCUUCUAUGACCGCAUCAAGUUCCUUGUGGGCAGGGACAGCACACACAUCAUCCCUGGGGAGAACCCCUUUGAUGGAGGGCAUGCGUGUGUCAUUCGUGGUCAAGUGAUGACUUCAGAUGGGACCCCACUGGUUGGUGUGAACAUCAGCUUCAUCAACAACCCUCUCUUUGGGUACACAGUCAGCAGGCAAGAUGGGAGCUUUGACUUGGUCACAAAUGGCGGCAUCUCCAUCAUCCUGAGGUUCGAGCGGGCACCUUUCAUCACACAGGAGCACACCCUCUGGCUACCCUGGGAUCGUUUCUUUGUCAUGGAAACCAUUGUCAUGAGGCAUGAGGAGAACGAGAUUCCCAGCUGUGACCUGAGCAACUUCGCUCGCCCCAACCCUGUCGUGUCUCCAUCCCCACUGACGUCCUUCGCCAGCUCCUGUGCAGAGAAAGGUCCUAUCGUUCCAGAAAUUCAGGCUCUGCAGGAGGAAAUUGCCAUCUCUGGCUGCAAGAUAAGGCUGAACUACCUGAGCAGCCGCACCCCAGGCUACAAAUCCGUCCUGAGGAUCAGUCUCACCCACCCUACUAUUCCCUUCAACCUCAUGAAGGUCCACCUCAUGGUGGCAGUUGAGGGCCGCCUCUUCCGGAAGUGGUUUGCUGCAGCACCAGAACUAUCCUAUUAUUUCAUCUGGGACAAGACAGAUGUCUAUAACCAGAAGGUGUUUGGGCUCUCUGAAGCCUUUGUUUCCGUGGGUUAUGAGUAUGAGUCCUGCCCAGAUCUGAUUCUGUGGGAGAAAAGAACAGCAGUACUGCAGGGUUAUGAAAUUGAUGCAUCCAAGCUUGGAGGGUGGAGCCUGGACAAACAUCAUGCCCUCAACAUCCAAAGUGGCAUCCUGCACAAAGGGAAUGGGGAGAACCAGUUUGUGUCUCAGCAGCCGCCUGUCAUUGGCAGCAUCAUGGGCAAUGGACGCCGGAGAAGCAUCUCUUGCCCCAGCUGCAAUGGCCUUGCUGAUGGUAACAAGCUGCUGGCCCCUGUGGCCCUUACUUGUGGCUCUGAUGGGAGCCUCUAUGUGGGUGACUUCAACUACAUCCGCAGGAUCUUCCCCUCUGGAAAUGUCACCAACAUCCUGGAGCUGAGUCACAGCCCAGCACAUAAGUACUACCUGACCACAGAUCCCAUGAGUGGGGCUGUCUUCCUUUCUGAUACCAACAGCCGGCGGGUUUUUAAGAUCAAGUCCACCAUGGUGGUGAAGGACCUUGUCAAGAACUCUGAGGUGGUGGCAGGGACUGGGGACCAGUGCCUCCCCUUUGAUGACACUCGCUGCGGGGAUGGUGGCAAAGCCACAGAAGCUACACUUACCAAUCCCAGGGGCAUUACAGUGGACAAGUUCGGGCUGAUUUACUUUGUGGAUGGCACCAUGAUCAGACGUGUUGAUCAGAAUGGGAUCAUCUCUACCCUGCUGGGCUCUAAUGAUCUCACGUCAGCCCGGCCCCUCAGCUGUGAUUCUGUCAUGGAUAUUUCUCAGGUUCGCUUGGAGUGGCCCACAGACUUAGCCAUCAACCCAAUGGACAACUCUCUUUAUGUACUCGACAACAAUGUGGUCCUGCAAAUCUCUGAGAACCAUCAGGUACGCAUCGUCGCAGGAAGGCCCAUGCACUGCCAGGUCCCUGGCAUCGACCACUUCCUGCUGAGCAAGGUGGCCAUCCAUGCAACCCUGGAGUCGGCCACUGCUUUGGCUGUUUCACACAACGGCGUCCUGUAUAUUGCUGAGACUGAUGAGAAAAAGAUCAACCGUAUUAGGCAGGUCACCACUAGUGGAGAGAUCUCGCUGGUUGCUGGGGCCCCCAGUGGCUGUGACUGUAAAAAUGAUGCCAACUGUGACUGUUUCUCUGGAGAUGAUGGUUAUGCCAAGGAUGCAAAGCUGAAUACCCCCUCUUCGCUGGCUGUGUGUGCUGAUGGGGAGCUCUAUGUGGCCGACCUUGGGAAUAUCCGAAUUCGGUUUAUCCGGAAGAACAAGCCUUUCCUGAACACCCAGAACAUGUAUGAGCUAUCUUCACCCAUCGACCAGGAGCUGUACCUAUUUGAUACCAGUGGCAAGCAUCUGUAUACCCAAAGCCUGCCCACAGGUGACUACCUGUACAACUUCACCUAUACUGGGGAUGGUGAUGUCACACUCAUCACAGACAACAAUGGCAACAUGGUGAAUGUCCGCCGAGAUUCCACAGGGAUGCCCCUCUGGCUGGUGGUCCCUGAUGGCCAGAUAUACUGGAUGACCAUGGGCACCAACAGUGCACUCAGAAGUGUGACCACACAAGGCCAUGAGUUGGCCAUCAUGACUUACCAUAGCAAUUCUGGCCUGCUGGCAACCAAAAGCAAUGAAAACGGAUGGACAACAUUUUAUGAGUACGACGGUUUUGGCCGCCUGACAAAUGUGACCUUCCCUACUGGCCAAGUGAGCAGUUUCCGAAGUGACACAGACAGCUCUGUGCAUGUCCAGGUAGAGACCUCCAGCAAGGACGAUGUCACCAUAACCACCAACCUGUCUGCCUCAGGUGCCUUCUACACUCUACUGCAAGACCAAGUCCGGAACAGCUACUACAUUGGGGCUGAUGGCUCCCUGAGGCUGCUGUUGGCCAAUGGCAUGGAGGUGGCACUGCAGACCGAGCCCCACCUGUUGGCUGGCACGGUCAACCCCACUGUGGGCAAGAGGAAUGUUACACUGCCCAUAGACAACGGCCUCAACCUGGUGGAGUGGCGGCAGCGCAAGGAGCAGUCUCGCGGCCAGGUCACCGUCUUUGGGCGCCGGCUGAGAGUUCACAAUCGAAACCUCCUGUCUCUGGACUUUGACCGUGUAACACGCACAGAGAAGAUCUAUGAUGACCACCGCAAGUUCACCCUCCGGAUCCUCUAUGACCAGGCAGGGAGGCCCAGCCUCUGGUCACCCAGUAGUAGGCUGAAUGGCGUCAAUGUAACAUACUCCCCUGGGGGCCACAUUGCUGGCAUCCAGAGGGGCAUCAUGUCUGAGAGAAUGGAGUAUGACCAGGCAGGUCGCAUCACAUCCAGGAUCUUUGCUGAUGGGAAGACGUGGACCUACACAUACUUAGAGAAGUCCAUGGUGCUGCUACUCCACAGCCAGAGGCAGUACAUCUUCGAGUUUGAUAAGAACGACCACCUCUCCUCUGUGACAAUGCCCAAUGUGGCCCGGCAGACGCUGGAAACCAUCCGCUCCGUGGGCUACUACAGGAACAUCUACCAGCCCCCCGAGGGCAAUGCCUCAGUCAUACAGGAUUUCACCGAGGAUGGCCACCUGCUCCACACCUUCUACUUGGGCACCGGACGCAGGGUGAUUUAUAAGUACGGCAAGCUGUCAAAGCUGGCUGAGAUGCUGUAUGACACCACCAAGGUGAGCUUCACCUAUGAUGAGACAGCAGGCAUGCUGAAGACGGUCAACCUGCAGAAUGAAGGCUUCACUUGUACCAUCCGCUACCGUCAGAUAGGGCCCCUGAUCGACCGGCAGAUCUUCCGCUUCACCGAGGAAGGCAUGGUCAAUGCCCGUUUUGAUUACAAUUAUGACAACAGUUUCCGAGUGACCAGCAUGCAGGCUGUGAUCAAUGAGACCCCACUACCUAUUGAUCUCUAUCGCUAUGACGAUGUGUCAGGCAAGACCGAGCAGUUUGGGAAAUUUGGUGUCAUCUACUAUGACAUUAACCAGAUCAUUACCACAGCGGUCAUGACCCACACCAAGCACUUUGACGCAUAUGGCAGGAUGAAGGAAGUGCAGUAUGAGAUUUUCCGCUCACUCAUGUACUGGAUGACUGUCCAGUAUGACAACAUGGGUCGGGUAGUGAAGAAGGAGCUGAAAGUGGGACCCUAUGCCAACACCACCCGCUACUCCUAUGAGUACGAUGCUGACGGCCAGCUACAGAUGGUCUCCAUCAAUGACAAGCCACUGUGGCGCUACAGCUAUGACCUCAAUGGGAACCUGCACCUGCUGAGCCCUGGGAACAGUGCACGGCUCACCCCACUCCGGUAUGACAUCCGUGACCGCAUCACUAGGCUAGGUGAUGUGCAAUACAAAAUGGAUGAAGAUGGCUUCCUAAGGCAGCGGGGUGCGGAUGUCUUCGAGUAUAACUCAGCUGGCCUGCUCAUCAAGGCGUAUAAUCGGGCCGGUGGCUGGAGUGUCAGGUACCGCUACGAUGGCCUGGGGCGGCGGGUGUCCAGCAGGAGCAGCCACAGCCACCACUUACAGUUUUUCUAUGCAGAUCUGACCAACCCAACUAAGGUCACCCACCUCUACAAUCACUCCAGCUCUGAGAUCACAUCUCUCUACUACGACCUGCAAGGCCACCUCUUUGCCAUGGAGCUUAGCAGUGGCGAUGAGUUUUACAUAGCUUGUGACAACAUUGGAACCCCUCUUGCUGUCUUCAGUGGGACGGGCUUGAUGAUCAAGCAGAUCCUGUACACGGCUUAUGGGGAGAUCUACAUGGACACCAACCCCAACUUCCAGAUCAUCAUUGGCUACCACGGCGGCCUGUAUGACCCACUCACCAAGCUUAUUCACAUGGGCCGGCGGGAUUAUGAUGUGCUGGCUGGACGGUGGACUAGCCCAGAUCACGAGCUGUGGAAGCACCUUAGUAGCAACAACAUCAUGCCUUUCAAUCUCUACAUGUUUAAAAACAACAACCCUAUCAGCAACUCCCAGGACAUCAAGUGCUUCAUGACAGAUGUCAACAGCUGGCUGCUCACCUUUGGAUUCCAGUUGCACAACGUGAUCCCUGGCUACCCCAAACCAGACAUGGAUGCCACGGAACCAUCCUACGAGCUCGUGCACACACAGAUGAAAACUCAGGAGUGGGACAACAGCAAGUCCAUCCUUGGAGUACAAUGUGAAGUGCAGAAACAGCUCAAGGCUUUCGUCACCUUAGAACGCUUUGACCAGCUCUAUGGCUCCACAGUCACCAGCUGCCAGCAGGCCCCAGAGACGAGGAAGUUUGCAUCUAGCGGCUCAGUCUUUGGCAAAGGGGUCAAGUUUGCCUUGAAGGAUGGUCGAGUGACCACGGAUAUCAUCAGCAUGGCCAAUGAGGAUGGGCGAAGGGUUGCUGCCAUCCUGAACAAUGCUCACUACUUAGAGAACCUGCACUUCACCAUCAAUGGGAUGGACACCCACUACUUUGUGAAACCAGGGUCUUCAGAGGGUGACCUGGCCAUCUUGGGCCUCAGUGGGGGGCAGCGAACCCUGGAGAAUGGGGUCAACGUGACAGUGUCCCAGAUCAACACCAUGCUCAAUGGCAGGACUAGACGCUACACUGACAUCCAGCUCCAGUAUGGGGCACUGUGCUUGAACACCCGCUAUGGUACGACGCUGGACGAGGAGAAGGCGAGGGUGCUGGAGUUGGCCCGGCAGAGAGCCGUGCGCCAGGCGUGGGUCCGAGAGCAGCAGAGACUGCAGGAAGGGGAGGAGGGCCUGCGGGCUUGGACAGAGGGAGAGAAGCAGCAGGUACUGAACACAGGGCGGGUGCAAGGCUAUGAUGGCUUCUUCGUGAUCUCCGUCGAGCAGUACCCAGAACUAUCAGACAGUGCCAACAACAUCCACUUCAUGAGACAGAGCGAGAUGGGCCGAAGGUGACAGAGAGGGCUAUGGCCUGGACUUCUUGCCAAAGACAGCUACUCUUUUGUGGCCGCACACCUGACUGUGUUGUACUUUAAAAACAAAACAAAACAAAAAAACAAACAAACAAAAAAAAGCUUUUUUAACAAGUGCAGAAAACAAAAAGAUACUAGUUGCAUUGUUAAUCAUGCAACAUUCUUUUUUUUUUAAGAAAAGAAAAACACAAAUUUGGCCUUCACACAUUUUUUGCAAAGAACAGAAGGUAUUUUUUUCUGUAGUGUGAUCACAAUGAAAACUUUACUGUCUUUUGUUCCCUUUCUCCUUAAGGAAUUUUCCCUGUUAUUUGGGUCCAUUUCUCUUCUCUUUGGGAUGUACAUCUCCUGGGAUGUGUCCUCACUGUCACUGGGUACCCAGUGCGAUGUGAGACGUGAGUGUCUGUGCUUGUCUCAUGUGCAACCCUUUCUUCUUUGACUGGGGUCAGGCAAGAGCAAGGGGUGCCGAGAGUGAUGGGCCUGUAGAACCUCAGGAGCUUUGGCUAGGCUCCCACAGACAAGUGGUGGGUGCUUACUCACUGUGCUUUGUGCCUCUGGAGGACCACAGAUGGCUUCAUCUUGCUCUGGAGAAUUUCACCAUGUCACUCAGCGCCUUUCCAAACUGCCCCAAACUCGUGUCCAAGCUUUAUAUUUUGAUGCUAAAUGAAACCCCUUCUCCCUUUUGCAAAUCUCAUGUAGUUGUCGGUGCCACCCCCAUACUGGGCUGAAGGAACUGUUCCCAGAUCCUUUCCUCAGUCUGGUGAUAUAACAUCCUGGAGCUACGAGCCCCACCCUCUCCAAAAGGUGAAAGCACCCAGGAUGUCUUUGAUUGGUUGAUCCUCCAUGAUGUCCCUUACUCAUCUCUUCCUCUCUCCCAAAGCCAGAUGUGAGAACCAGCACUGCACAGCGAGCCCUCCACAUGGCAGCAAGUCCAAGGAAGGGAAGGAUUCCCCCUCCCCAUGACUUUGGGUACCUUUCGUCCACUGCUCAGCUGCAGCCACUGAGACAGAAGUAUGGCGAGAGGUGCUUGGUGGCCUUUGAUCCUGGAAAGAUACAAAAUUUAAAAGUCAGCCAAAGAGAUGAGUAAGCAAAGGCAUGAACCAAGCAUCUUUCUAACCAGCUCCUGAAGUUGCCUCUGCCUCCCCUGUGCAGGCUCAUCCCAGAGUUAUGCUACAGCAACCUAGGCCUUCGGGAAACCCCUUCUGUGAACUUCCUCUAGAAACAGUUUUCCCUCUAGAGAAGCCCAACCAGGGUUGUGUAUUUUGGGGUUUUUUGGGGUUUUUUUUUUAAGAGAAAGGAGCUACUUUGGUGUGGCCUUUCAGUGGUGUACAACUCCACUUCUAUCAGGGGCCAGUCCUGAAGCCAAUACCAUGGAUCUGGAAGGCCAGGCUAGCAUUGUUCUUGUGAAGACCCAUGUCUGCAUCAUCAGGAAAAGGCUGAUGGCCUCUCAGGAGCAGGUACAACCCAUGGCUGGAGGCUUCCCAGGAGGAGGCAGCAGCCAGGAGACCAGGGAAGCAAGGAGGGCAGAGGAGGGUAGCAGCAUGAGCUGAAAGCUCCUUGUUCAAGGAUUUCAUUCCUGUUUCAUCUGCUUAAUUACCGUUCUCAUUACCACUCACAGGAGGCUCUGAGAGACAGGAGGGGAAGCCAAAUGCUUCCAUUUGAGCUGGGCUUCUUAGAAAAUGGGACUUUAUGGGUUACAUUUACAUUAAGUGUGGAAAAUGAAUUCUGAGUCUGAGCUAUUCCCCGUGGAAACCUUGUUGGACUGAUAAGCUCAUGGCACCUUUAUAGCCUUACUCACAGAGUCUUCAGAAUGUGACACAAGUUAAUGAAACCAAGAAGGUCUCUUACUGCAUGAGAAUCGGAGCAACAUGUAGUCCGGGUUCUGCCGGGCAGCAGGAGGUAUUCAGAGCUUCUCGGGGAGGGGAGAUCUUGCCUUACAUCAUCCCACUGGGAUUAGAGGAUGUGUUUCGCUAAGUGCUCUUCCUGUUUCCAAAAAAAGUCACACUGCCUCAACAGUGUGCUGUGGCCUGUUUGUCCGCUGGUUGCCCAUUGCCUCUGGAUCCAGAGCUCUGCCGAGUCAGAUUCAAUGCUCCUCAGGCCCACUGCACAUGUCAUGUGCUGCUUUUUUGGAUGGAUUGGAAAUCAGUUUGGCCUGAAGAACACAAGUUAGUUUUUUUUUUUAAUACAAAAGAAAUUUAUGCCUCUCAAAACGUACUCUUGCUAUGAAGGUCCUUGGGCAAAGUUUCCUACCUGUUGGCCUAAUUGAUCAGUCCCCCUCUUGGCUGCCUAACAUCAGUCAAGACCUGCUGGGGACAUCUACUUGGAGGUCAGAGACAACAUAUGGUUCAAGAGAACCAUCCCCCUAUACCUCCCCAGCUCCUUUGUCCUCCCCUGCUACCCCCUCUCCAAAAGAAUACAGUGGACUAAUUUUAAGGAUCAAAAGCACAGAGAAUUAGGUGUUCCUUUAUUUAAAGGAGCAAUCCUAUAUUUUCUUUUUCCUGGGCUGAAUGCCCAGCUUCUGCAACCCCAAGCUUUAGAGAGGAACUAUGGGGUGGGCAGUACCAUGUAUCUUCAUUUUACACUGUGCUAUCAUUUGGACCAGAGGCUCUGGCCUUGGCUUUUUGGAGCUGGUUCCCAUUCAGCCUGGCAGGUGACUCAGGACUUUCCCUCUCAAUCUGUCCCCCUGCUGAGACUAGCAGUCCCAAUCCCAUGGCAAGGAUGAGUCUGAAGGUAUACACCAGAGUUCUCUGUGCCUACUUAGUGUGCUCCAAGCAUUAACUCCCAUCCUUGAUGGCACCUGCCCUUUUGGCACUAAUCAAUCAAAAUCUUUCCAACUAGUGAAGUGGUCAGACCUCCUGCACUGCCCAGGUUUGUGAUUCUGUAGGAAGUUGGCUUCUGACCCUAGAAGGAGGUUUAUUUUAGAAUAGCUCCUGCCUUCUCCCCUCCUCCUCAACUCCCAGUCAGCCUCUCUGCCACUAAGAUGUUAUUAAUUCCCCGACUUUGUCCCUUUUUUUUUUUUUUUU